UUUACCGGCUAUACGGAAGUACGCUAGAAGAUAGAAGAGUGAAUUUUUACAUGUGAAGGUGCCGGAAAGCCCAUGAUCUCGUUAAAGUAUGGCAUUUGCGAUGCGAAGUUUACGAAUUUUAUGUAAAAUAUACAAUGCGAACGCUAGAAUGACCUAUUGUACUUUUCAACGACCUACUGGCCGAAUAUCACUCAUCCAAAUAACGCAAAAAUAUCGUUAUAAUACCGAGAUAACAAAUCGACCAAAAAUCACCAGUAAUCUAACAAACAUACAAUCAUCAAUAAAUGAAGCUGAGUCAUUGAGACAGGAAACAGCAGCUCAUAAGAAACAGAAUGAAUCGACAGAAGAUGAGGAAGAGAAGGCAAACCGUGAAAGAUCAAAGAGAAUGAUGAAUUAUGGAUUUGCAGCUUUUGGUAUAUUCAUGGGUAUUGGCUUCACUUAUUUAGUAUAUGAAUUAGGAAGACCUAAUUAUGAUGAACAUGGGAAUGUCAUCGAGGAUGAAUUUUCCAAUUUACCCUUCUUUGAACAGAUCUAUAAGAGGGUCAAGAGAGAGCUGAAUUAUUAUACAAGAUUAGUACAGGAACCCAGCAGGGAAAAAUUAUUACCUGAUCCACUCAAGUAUCCAUAUAUUCAGCCACCAUAUACUCUAGUUUUGGAAAUGACCGAUCUUCUUGUGCAUCCAGACUGGACAUACCAAACUGGGUGGAGAUUCAAAAAACGGCCUGGAGUAGAUCAGUUCUUAGAAGCAGUAGCACCACCACAAUUUGAAAUCGUCAUUUAUACAGCUGAGCAAGGAAUGACGGUGUUCCCUAUUCUGGAUGCACUUGACCCAAAUGGAUAUAUAAUGUACAGAUUAGUUCGAGAUGCAACGCGUUUUGUGGAUGGACAUCACGUUAAGGAUUUAGGAGCUCUCAAUCGUGAUCUUAGUAAAGUUAUUGUUAUUGAUUGGAAUGAAGAGAGUGUCAAGUUACAUCCAGAAAAUGCAUUCAAACUCUCUCGAUGGGCGGGUAAUGAUGAUGACACUACGUUGUAUGACUUGGCUGCAUUCCUAAACACGAUAUUAACAUCAAACGUGCAGGAUGUGCGAGACGUUUUGAAUUACUAUAGACAAUUUGACAAUCCAUUGGAAAUGUUUAAAGAAAAUCGACGAAAAUUAUUGAUGCAAAUGGAGGAGGAACAAAACAAGGCUGCACUGGACAGCAGCAAAGUACUUACUUCGAGAUGGAAACCAUCUUUUCUACGAAACCGCUAGUCAAGGUGAACCAAUUACAUUGAAAUUUGAAAUAUCUACAGAUGAAUACGUAAUACGUUUGAAUACGCAGUACAGUCGAUCAUUUCAUCGCCUCACAAAUACUAUAUAUAAUAAUUAUAUAAUUUUUAUUAAAAUAAAACGAAUAUUGUUCUAAAUCACUAUUUAUGGUUCGUACGUCAUUAUGCAUCAUUAUAAAUAUUUCACGUCUAUAUGUACAAAUUAUGUAAUCUUGAUAUGUACGAAAAUAUAAAUUUUAAAUAAUCUAAUAUUUUACGACAUUCUCU